CCCGAACUCCCCCUAUUCUAUUCCAUUUCGCAGGCUUCGCUUCCGUCAUCGUACGCGCACAUUCGCAUCUCCUUGUCUCCCGUCGCUUCCAUCGAAGAGCGGGUGCUGCUUCAAAGUCGAAAAACUCAUGACGAUCUCUGCACUUCUCUGGGUUCUGGGCUUCUAGCUGUUCUUGCCCGUGUCGGAGGGGAAAGAGAAAACGACGGUUUCUUGCCCACCCGAGUUUGCAAUCAGCAUUGGUUUCUCAAAUCAUCUCGAUCUGCAGCUGCAAAUUUGGGGACUUUCCGUUUCUGCCGUCGUUUCCGGCUUCUGGGGGUUCUUGGGUCGUUGCCCUUUUGGUUUUUUUAUCUUCUGGGGUUAGACCUUUUUUUGUCUUCUGGGGUUAGAUCAAGGAUCGGGUCAAAAGGCGGGCGUUGACUUUCAUCUCUGCGUGCUUGCGAUCGCGUGAUUUUUAAGCAAUUUGGGCAAAUGGGUUUUCCUUUCAAUCCGGAGGCCCUGAAUAUUCUCUCUUUGCUUAAUGUUUUUUGAUCCGGGUUUCGACUCGACAUCGGAAGAAAAUUUUUGGUAAUUCUGUAGUAAGUAGCUCUUGUAACUGUUGAUGGAUGAGGGUGCUAAGGAUGCAAACGGCUAUGAUAAGAAGCCUGUGAAGCCUGUGAGUGAUGUAGACCCUGGAAAGGUUGAGGGUAAUGGUGAUGUGGAAGAGGACAGCGAGGUGAAGUCGUUGUUGCCGCCGAGAGGGGUUGGGAUGAUUAGAACUUCCGAGAAGACAAGGAGGAAGGUGCAGUGGAAUGAUAGCAACGGCAACAAUCUCACCGAGGUGUUGGAGUUUCAACCGAGUGAGCCGAGCGACAGUGAUGAUGAGGAUAAUGAUUCUUGCAUAUGUACCAUAAUGUAGUAGUGAUAUGACUCUGCACAUCACCACAUAGCAGAUUGGCCAUGUCGACACCAUCCCCUAUUGGGUAGUGGGAUCUGCUUGAGGAUGGUUGUUUGGUUCAGGAAUGGCAAGCAAUGAAAAUUGCCUCCACUAAGAUUGUUCUCCGCGACAUCAUGAGUCUUUUAGUGACUACGGCUACGAACAAAGGAGGAAAGAGUAGUGCUUUAUCCCAAAGAGGAAAAGAAGAUUUUGAGUUCAUCUUGAUAGUCUAAGAUGCAAUACUAUGUAUAAAAUACAUUACACAUGAAUUCAUACCGCGCUUACUC